GAGCGGGGGCAUAACGGUGAGGUGGAGCCUUGCGAAAGUUGACAGAGGCAGGCCUAUCUGUUUUUCCUUUGGAACUUCUGGAGCUUAGGAGGUUUUGAUUCCUACUCUAGAGGAAGAUACCAUGGCAACUGGGCAGAAGUUGAUGCGGGCCAUUCGAGUGUUUGAGUUUGGUGGCCCAGAAGUGCUAAAGCUCCGGUCAGACGUGGAGGUUCCUGUCCCACAAGACCAUCAGGUUCUAAUCAGAGUCCAUGCUUGUGGUAUCAACCCAGUAGAGACAUACAUUCGCUCUGGCAACUACAGUCGGAAACCUGCCUUACCCUACACUCCGGGCACGGAUGUAGCCGGGAUCAUAGAAUCUGUUGGAGACAGUGUAUCUGCUUUCAAGAAAGGCGACAGGGUCUUCUGCUCCAACACAAUCUCCGGUGGCUACGCGGAGUUCACUCUGGCAGCGGAUCACACCGUCUACAUCCUGCCCAAGACGCUGGACUUCCGGCAGGGGGCCGCACUGGGGAUCCCGUACUUCACAGCCUGCCGAGCUCUGCUCCACAGUGCCCGUGUGCGAGCUGGAGAAAGCGUCCUGGUUCAUGGGGCGAGUGGAGGAGUUGGAUUAGCUACAUGCCAGAUUGCUAGAGCUCAUGGCUUAAAGGUUUUGGGCACAGCUGGUUCUGAGGAAGGGAAAAAGCUUGUUCUGCAAAACGGAGCCCAUGAAGUGUUUAAUCACAAAGAAGUUAAUUAUAUUGAUAAAAUCAAGGAGUCUCUGGGUGACAAGGAGAAUGGGGUCGAUGUGAUUAUUGAGAUGCUGGCUAACGAGAACCUUAGCAAUGACCUGAAGCUUCUGUCGCGCAGAGGACGCGUGAUAGUCGUUGGCUGCAGAGGCCCCAUUGAGAUAAACCCAAGAGACACCAUGGCGAAGGAGACAAGUAUAAUUGGAGUUUCUCUGUUCUCAUCUACCAAGGAAGAAUUUCAGCAGUUUGCAGGCAUCCUCCAAGCAGGAAUGGAGAAAGACUGGGUGAGGCCUGUGAUAGGUUCUGAGUACCCACUGGAGAAGGUGGCCCAGGCCCACAAAGACAUCAUCCACAGCACUGGGAAGACUGGGAAGAUGAUCCUCCUCUUAUGAAGCCUGGCUCUUCCUGGGAUGCCCUGCCACUGCGACGCCUGCUUCCCAGGUCUCUCCUAUGUGUCUUUAAUCAGCAUCCAUUUGAUUGAGGACUUUCCGU